CGACCGGACAGCAUCUACCUAUUGCGCUGCUUGCGACAAUUUGCUUCAAGAUACCAUUUUCUCAUCAUUUGCUGUGUCAAGACCAAUUCGCUGCACAACCCCCCUCUUGCUCGGAGCAAGGCCUUUUCCACUGCCCCCUUUUCAAACUCGCUCUUCUUUUCGCGUUUCCGGUCUCGGUUGGCCGGUGCUGGCGUCUCUGCUUUGCUCUACUUGCGUGUUUGCCUUUUUGUCUUGAGCGCCGUGUAGGACCGGACAAGGGCCGCCCAAGCCAAAGCAGCAGCCGCGAGCUUGCUUUUUUUUGUUCUAAAAUUAAUUCCCUUUUUUCCUUGUACUAUUGAAAUCCUUACCUACCUUUUUUUUUCCCGCUCGGAUUUUUGCCACCAUUUUUCCAAUUCACUGUUUCUCCGUAUAGAUUGGUUUUUUUUUAAUUCUUGGAGGAGAAGAAAAUUAGGACACAUUUUCAAUAUGUUGGUCGAGAGGAAAGUCAAGGUCGUUACGGACCAACACGUCAUCGACAAGCCUUCGCCCGUGGAGGAGUUUCCGAUGCGGCAAUGGAGCUUGCGGCUCUUUCUGCUAGAUGAGGAUGGCAAUGAGCGGCCUGGCGACGUCUUCACCAAGGUUGUCUACAACCUGCACCCUACAUUCGAGAAUCCCACCCAGACCUUCACCAAGCCCCCCUUCAUCUGCUCCAACGAGGGUUGGGGUGAGUUUGAGAUUGGCAUCGAUCUCUACACCACCGAAAAGACCAAGCUGGCUCCCAUCAUCCACGACCUCAACUUCCAGCAGGAAAAGUACGAGGUGACGCACACGGUUGUGUUUAAAAACCCUUCCCAGGCACUCCAAGAGCGGCUUCGCGAGACCGGCCCUCUGCCCUCUGACGAAGACAGACCCAAGAAGAAAGGCCUCGUGAGCAAGAAGGGAGCCCAAAAGUAUGAUUACGAAAAGAUCGCCGAGGCUCUGGAGAAGCUUGAGGAAGAGGAUCUUCUGCGCGUCAUCCAGUUGAUUAAUGAGAACAAGGGACCAGAGACCUAUAUCCGGAGUGAUGUUGAAGCUGGCGAAUUUUCCAUCGAUCUAUAUACCAUGCCGGAUGCGUUGACGACGAAGCUCUGGGAGCACCUGACUAAAAAGGGUCUUGUUGCCUAAGGAAACUGUGUGUUGCGCCUCCAAGUUGCAGCAGCCCGCGCUAUUGGGAUAGACGACCCGAAUACGAGCUAUAACCACUUGGAGGCAAUGGUCGAUUGAGUUUGAGAGGGAGAGAGAGCUACACAUUGUCCUUUUUUGGUCCUUUUAAUUUUUUUUUUUUUUCACUUAUCACGGCAAGGAGCAAUCAUGAGAAUACGCGCAAAGGAAACUACCGAUACGACGGAAGUAAUUGUGGUUUUAUUUUGUAACGCAAAGGGCACCACUGGAGGGAGAAAGCGGGAGCGAGAACGACUACAAGCCCGGCAUUUAAAAAAAGAAGAAUUUGCUUAAAAAAAACACGAAUUCGCGAAAUCGAUUCUUGUUUUUUUUUUUUUUGGUUGUCACAAAAGAAUAUUCUACUCUGCUACUCUGCCACUCCUCUUUUUUACAUGCCUUUGUCUUUUCGAAGGAGGAAUCUGCACCUGGGGUGUUUUUUGAAGGCUCCUUCACUGCGAUUCUAUCUGCCUGAUGAAGCACACAGCCGUUUGAAAGCCAUGGCAGACGCAAUGUCCUUACUCAUCUUUG